AUGGCCAAAAAGAAUAAUAACAAUGGUAAAGACAACAAAAAUAAAAACAUCAAUGUUAAUUCUGAUGGUUUAAUAUUAAUUCCACCACCUAAAUCAUUGGCAGCAUCAGAGGGUAUCUUGACCACUAAAAGUGCUGAUCAUUAUGGUAGAAUUAAUUAUCUAUUCCAAUUAUCUAAUUUUAUGAAAUCCAAGGAUAUUAUUAUGCCAAAUACUAGUUUCAAAUCUACUUCAACAGUAACACCUACUAAUAUGAAGAACACUCAUCUAAAAGAUAAUAAUUCUAAUAACGCUGAUGUUCGUUUGAAUGAUAUUUUAAGCUCUUUGUAUAAUUUGCAAAUACCUAAGAUUCAAACAAAAAUGAAGCUACAAUUAUCACCCAACAUGAAAAGACAGAUUUGUCCUCUUUGUAGUGAACUAUUAAUACCUGGUUUGAGCUUAAAAUUGAAAGUAGUCAAUUGGAAUCAUGCUAAAAUAAACAAACACAGAGCCCAUGGGCCUACCACGAAAAGUUUUCUUAAUGUAAAGAAACCCGGUAAAAAGAAUCAGAAAAACAAUGUUUUGUUAUGGAAAUGUACAAAAUGUGGCAAGAUAGUCAAAAAGUUUCCUAUUGGUCAAGAUUUAUUUUAUCAGCCAUUUUAUGAAAAAAAUAUCGUUAAAUACAUAAACGAUAUGGCUGAAGGAAAUAAUGAACUUAAACUUAAACGGGAUGGCGAAGAAAGUAAGAAAAAAGAAGAAGGUGAGGGGGGGGAGGGGGAAAGAGUAAGUAAAUAA